UCUGCUUUCGUUAAAUGUCAACUUAUGUAAUUCAUCGGCAGUAAAUAGUUUUAUCCUUGCAAAAAUACGUAUUUCAAUGCUUAAAAGAAAACAUAAACACAAAAAAGUCUUUCGGCACUCUCUCGUUUUAAUCAUGUUCCGGCCCUGGUCCCAUUUUACCAAAGUCAUCGAUCAUCAAAACACAUUCAAAAGGACACAUCAUUAUGGAUCACUUCUAAAAAUGCUAUUAACUGAAUAAAUGCACAAUGUGUCGAAAUAUUAACAAUUGUGUAAUUGAUGUGAUCAUAAUGAUGGUCCAUUGUCAGUUUAGAAGAAGCUCGCUUUAAUUUUUUGAAAGAAAUAAUUUCGAUAUUACCGUGUUGGAAGAAAAUUCUGAAAAAACGGGAGGAUCGCAAAAUAUUUAUUGAAAAACUGGAACGGUUCAAGAGAUAAUUUUGGUAAAAUAUCUAUAAGCUAGGGAAUGAAUGGAAGAUUUAAGAUAUUUUUUUUCAUAUUCUUGAAUUUUGCAGGCAAUAACGGAUAUUUUUGAAGGUAUAUUCCCAUAUACGGAGGAUAAUCAAACUGUGAGCUCACAGAAUUUUCAUAUGUUUCUGGUAGAGUACCAGAAGGAAUUUUUCGGAAAGGAUCAGAAGGCGGUAUCAAACUUUAUUUGUGAUUUUAUUCAAGAUCCUCAACGCGAAAUACAAGAACCUUAUUUUACAAUUUCUGAGUUUACUGAUUAUUUAUUCUCCAAGCAAAAUGAGAUUUGGAACAACAAUUACGACAAAGUAUAUCAAGAUAUGAAGCGGCCCCUAUCAAAUUAUUGGAUUGCAUCAUCUCACAAUACAUAUUUGACUGGAGAUCAAUUUUCAAGUGAAUCAUCAACGGAGGCAUAUGUAAGAGCAUUGCGAAUGGGUUGCCGUUGUAUUGAACUUGAUUGUUGGGAUGGCCCUGAAAAUAUGCCUUUAAUUUUUCAUGGUCACACUUUUACGACAAAAAUUAAAUUUCGAGAUGUAAUUAAAACUAUUAAGGAGCAUGCAUUUGUAACAUCUGAAUAUCCAGUGAUUCUUUCGAUCGAGCAAAACUGCUCGCUUGCGCAACAACGCAAAAUGGCUCAUGCUAUGAUUGAAGUAUUUGGUGAUAUGUUACUCAUCCAAAGAGUUGAUAAAAAUGAAUAUCAAUUACCCUCACCACAUCAACUACGGCGUAAAAUUAUUUUGAAACAUAAAAAACUUCCAGAAAUCGAAGAAGAUUCUGGUUCUCGUUCUGCAGAUGAAACUGAUAAUGUCCGUAAUAUACCGAAAGAAGGUCGUCUUUAUCUUCUAGAUCCAGUAGAUAAAGUAUGGAAUUUAUAUUUAUUUGUACUAACGCAGCACAAACUUAUGUAUAAGCCAGAUCCUGAUGAGUUGCGUGAUGAUGAAAGUGAAACGCAUCUUUCAAGACCCAAUGAAAGUGUAGUAAACAAGGUAGUAAAUGAUGAGUUACACUUUGGUGAGAAUUGGUUUCAUGGUAAAUUAGAAGGUGGUAGAGAUGAAGCUGAACAACUAUUAAAAGCGUACAAGCAUCUGGGAGACGGAACGUUUUUGGUUAGAGAAAGUGCAACAUUUGUAGGAGACUAUAGCAUAUCUUUUUGGAGACGAGAUCGGCCACAUCAUUGUCGAAUUAAAUUAAAACAUGUGAAUGGCAUUACGAGAUAUUAUCUAGUGGAGAAUUAUAUUUUCGACAGUUUGUAUAGUCUUAUUAUGCACUAUCGUCAAAAUUUGCUGCGAAGCUCGGAAUUUUAUAUAACAUUAAGGGAACCCGUUCCACAACCAAAGAAACAUGAGAAUCAAGAAUGGUUUCAUCCGAACACAACGAGAGAUCAAGCGGAAGCGGCAUUAUUACAUUUGCAGAGUGAUGGUUCUUUUUUGGUGAGAGUUAGCGAAUAUAGCCAGCAAACAUCAUGCUCCACCAUUUAUGUUGUUUCUUUUACGGCAUAUCGAAAGGUUAAACAUUGUCGCAUAAAUGUUGAAGGACGUUUGUAUGUUGUUGGUGAGCUUCUAUUUGAAAGUCUGGUAACACUUGUUAAUUAUUAUACAAGGAAUCCACUAUAUCGAAAUGUGAAGUUAACUUUCCCCAUAUCAAAGGAUAUGAUCAAAACGAUGUUGAAAAAGUACAUCAGUGGAACAACG